AUGAACUGGAUCAGAUAGUAGUCUUCAGGCUAGAGCGGCAGAAGAGGAAAUCUUUAGCUGUCAUUUCUGGUCGCAGACUGAACAAGCGAUAGUGCUUCACUUCGGGCAUCAUGGCUCUUCAACAUCGUCCCGUACUCGAGAUCGAGACGUACGACGUCCGUCCCCUGGCAAGAUUACUUCGAGGGAUAGCAUUCCAGCAGCGAGCGGUUGUGACGUUAUCAGGUGCAGGAUUGGCUUUCCAAGUGGAAGAUACCCGAGCUAUGGUCGCCGUGGCGUACGUCUCCAAAGCGCUGUUUGACAAGUUUUCCUUCUUUCCCAAGACGAUCACUCGGAGACGGCGUCGACGUUACCGAGCCGGGGCUAGUAGCAACCCCUUCAAUGACAGUGACGGCCCCCAAACACCUUCUCGACGGGGGACCACGCAGAGCCAAUUACCAGGAUACGACGACGCUGAUUCUUCUUCUGAGGAAGAGGAAGAAGAUGAUCCAGCUUCCUGCGUCUUUGAAGUGAACCUAUCCAACCUCUCUGAAUGUCUCAAUAUAUACGGGCAUGCGAAUAUCGUCAAUUCGAGUGGGACGGAGGAUUUCGGAUUUUCAAGCGGGCGGGGCAAGAGGUUCGGAGGAGGAGCUGGAGGAAACGAGGGACACUUGGGCAAGGGGAACAAUAACAACAAUUCGGCAAUGCUCGGGAGUUUGGGUAAUCCACAUGGAUGUACGUCGUUGUUGAUGACAUGGAUAGGACCGGGAUGGCCCCUCAAGUUGACGUUACGGGACGAUGAACCGAAUACGCCAAUGACGAGUUGCGAGUUGACCCUGUUGACACCCGAGGAAUCGAACGAGGAGCAAUUCAACCAGGAUCAGAUGCUAUUCCAUGUGAUCAUGAAGGCUACCUGGCUCAAAGAGGCGAUCGGGGAUCUAGACUCUUCCUGUUCCAAGAUCACCAUCAUCGCCGGACCACCUCUGCCAGAGGAAGAACGUCUGCGGGAAGAACAACUAGAUCAGCACGGACCGAAUGGAAGGAAUGGGUCGGGGAGGAAAGCGAGGGAACGAGCGGGGAUAUUUAGGUUGCAGGCAAAAGGCGAUUUUGGGACGACAGAGCUGGAUUACCCCAACGAUAGGGAUGUGAUGGAUGUCUUCAUCUGCACUGAAAAGCUCAGCUUCUCGUACAAUUUCGGUCUUUUCUCACAAGCGAAUCGUGCACUCCAAGCCGCCAUCAAGGUGUCGUUACGGAUUGAUGACGAAGGUUUCCUAAGCUUGCAAAUGAUGAUGCCACCUCCGGUCGGCAAACGGCUGGAUAAUAGCAGUGACAGCGGGAUCAUCGAAUUCAAGCUUACCGCCUUGCAAGAGGAGGAUUGAGGAUAAACAAAACAUCGGUAUGGGUGGUUCAGGAAAGGACUUUCGCCUCUAGUUGUACUUAUGUAAUGUCUCCCGUUGUCAGCAAGCGGUUGCCAGAUU